AAGUAUUUCCCCGAGCUGAGGUAAACGAAGAUGGCGUCGCGGUGGAGCGGAGCUUCUGGCGGAGGCGAGAAUCGGUUGGUGUCGCUGCCUUUGUCGCGGAUCCGGGUGAUAAUGAAGAGUUCGCCCGAAGUCUCCAGCAUCAACCCGGAUGCGAUUUUCCUCACCGCCAAGGCCACGGAGCUGUUUGUUCAGUAUUUAGCUACUUACGCUUACAAGCAUGGCAAGGGCAACGAGCACAAAACCCUGACAUAUACUCACCUUUCACAAGCAGUACAAAACUCUGACACUUUUCAGUUCCUGGCAGAUAUUGUGCCAAAGAAAAUCUUGGCAAGCAAAUACCUAAAGAUGCUUCAAAAAGAAAAUGAAGGAAAAGAGAUAAAGGAGGAAGAGGAGGAGGAAACGGAGGAAAGUGAGGCUGAAGAAGCAUCUUGACAAUAUAGCUUGUUUUAUGGAAUGUGAACACUCUUGAGUGGCUUAUGAUCAACUGCAUUCUUACAUCCUUGAACCAGUGUCAACUUUCAGAAUUAGAAUUGCCAAAUUAUGUACAAUUAUCUUGCAAAGACUUAUGGCAAAGACUUCCAAGUGGGACUGAACAUAUUUGCAGAUCUUUGUUUUUCAUCUUCAGCUUAUAAACAAAAUAUGGACGAUUGCUUUUAAUAUACCAAGUGUCCAUAUUAAGCAAAUACUGUAUUUUCAAUACAGAAUCAUCUUCAUUGCUCACAUUGGGCAAAUCUAAAAGCGGGCAAAUUCCUUUUACAUGCCAAUAUUAAAGUUUUCUUUCCUUUCAAUGUAAGUUGGUAAAGAGGGUUCAGAUUUCUUAAAAGCGAAUUGUUUAUAUGAAUAGUUGUAUAUAAGCUACACUAGGAUAUGUUGGCGUUCAAAUUGUCCAUGUUGAAAACAAAGUAUUUUCAAUAUCAUCAGUUCCUAUGUACACUCAUGUACACUCAUGUUACACUCAUGUAAAUAAAAACUUGCAGUUUUGUAUGGAUAUUGGGAAAUUUGAAAAAAAAUCAAGUGUGAAUCCUUGUAUGGUUUGAAAUGACAUUUAUAUAGCACAACAUUGAAUAACAGAUGACAAAUAGUGUUUUUGGUAUCAAAAACAUUUUUAACAUUUCUUUCACCUAUCAAACAUCAAGUGAGGCUUUGGUCAAUUUGUGUAUGUAUCUGGAUAAAGACUGAGCAUUCCAACCAAA